GCUGCAGGACCUUAAUAAAUAUGUUUUCCUCUAAGUCGACGUGACAUGUACUACGCACUUUUCACUAACUAAACUUUGCUGCGUCAUGAGUGAUGGGGAAAUCGUGGUGGUUACAGGCUUCGGACCUUUCAGACAGUUUUUAGUGAACCCCAGUUGGAAGGCAGCACAGGGGUUGAAGCUUGUCGGACUGGGAGAGGAGACGGGUGUUUACAUCAAGGAGGUGCCAGUGAGUUAUAUGAAGACUGAGCAAAUCAUUGCUGAUAUUUGGAAAACUCUAAACCCAAAGAUUGCCGUCCAUCUGGGCGUAGCCAGAGGUUGCAGUGCUGUCAUUCUGGAGCAAACAGGGAAAAACUGUGGAUACAGAGACAAAGACGUGUGUGGUUUCUGUCCCGAGAGUCACUGCUGUGUGGAAGGAGGACCAGAGAAACUGGACUCCAUCAUUAACAUGAGAGCUAUUUCCAAAAAGUGUAGACAAGCAGGGAUAGAUGUCAUUUAUUCAAGAGAUGCUGGCAGGUACCUUUGUGAUUUUGUGUAUUACUGCUCCCUGUAUCAUGGUCAGAGGAGAGCAGCCCUAAUACAUGUACCCGAAAAUGGCAGCUUGAGCUCAGCAGACAGACUGGUGCCUCUGCUGCAGACCCUCAUCACGAGCAUGCUCGAUCAGCUAGAAGAUCAUUCAGAAAUGGCACAAACAGAAAACAUACAAACUUCUUCAAACCAGCACCCAAACCAAGGUGGAUCUUAAAUACAUUUAAACACUGCAGAAGCAUGACAGUAUAUCAGAAUGUAAAAUGGAUGAGAAACUGCAGCCACAGUCAUAGUUCUCAUUCAUUUAUUUAUUCAAAAUUUCAGAAAAAAAGAAAAUACAAGAAAUCCUCAGAUACACAUUUCAGAGAUGGCAUGUGAAAAAUACACCAUCUCAGCUAAUAGAUGUGAAAAAACUUCGAGGCCUCAGAUACAGAGCUUGAAAAAGACAGUCUUGUGAAGGUUUUUUUUUGUUCAUUUUUUUUUCAUUAUUUCUGUCCCCAAUCAGGUAAAGAAUACAGAUAGAUUUGUGAACGUUUAAUAAUAAAGUAAUAGCAGAAGAGCAAGGCCCUUAGAAAGGUGUAGGAAUGCAAAUCAUAAAAACAGAGGUGUGACGAUGGUAAACCUCAACUUAUUAUUGCAGUUUGAAUGCACAGACGCAUCCUCCAUGAACCUGAGGUCUGCAUGAAGAACAUUCAGAAGAAUUAAAUGAUGAGUUCUCUUUUUUUUUUUUUUGAGUAGCUAUAGUACCUUUAUGCUGAAAUUUGGUGAUUGCAAUAAGCAAUACUUUGCCACUACUGUGGAGCUAUAAACUUAACCUAUGACCUUUUUCUAAUCAUGUUUACUCUUUUCCAUGACUACCCGUAAUCUAAGCAAAAUCCCUGUCCUGUAUAUGCCCACAUGUUUAUUGAAAUGCAGGUUUGAGAUCUAAUAGUAACUAGUAAUUCAUCAGUAAUUCUCCUCACUACAGCUCAAUGUAUUGUCCACUGCCAGAACUAACAGAAGUUAAAAUAUAUCACUCAUGUCUGUAUUUGAUCAUAAGAUUCAUCCAAACUGAAAAAACAACAACAACUGAACAGAUAUGUUAAGUAACUACCCAAGCUGAUGCUUGUCAGUGGUGAUUUGUGUACUGGUGUGAUGUUUAGCAGCAAUCAGACUGUUUCUGACUAUUUUUGAUUGAUAUUCUCUUAAAUCAUGCACUGAUAAAAUGCCACCGAUUCAGCACCCAGAUUUAACAUUAAAAGUCAUACUCCAUUUUUUAUUGCUUCUGGGUUUCAUUUUAACAAAAAAUUCUCGAUAUACUUUUGGCCUCCAGCCCAGUACCCUUAAACUGAGGCAGCUCUCUUUAAGUUUUAUGAGAUGCUUUGAAAUGUAAAAGCUGUGUUGCCACCUUGGUGCUCAUUUUUUAAAUUUAGAUGACAACAUAAGGUUCACUGAGGUGACUGUUUGAGGAAGCAGCAUUAGUUUGAGUACAAACAGGCCAGAGAAGGCGUGUUGUGUUUACUUCCACAUGACCACAACAGCCAGAAAAUGGUCACCAAUAAAUGUACCCUGAUGACAGAAGAAAUAAGCUGUAAAUAGCUACAACGCCGUGAUGGCAUUCAAAUGCACAUGAGAGGUUUACGGGUUCAAUAAAAGACGCUGAAAUGUA